AGCAGAGGCGCGGCGGGGCGGAAGUCCUUUGUUGCAGCCGCGGCGGCAGCAGCAGCAGCAGCAGCGGCGGGAGCGGCGCGGGAAUCAACCCUUGGACGGUCGCCGCGUCUCCCCGCACCGCGGGGCUGUAAUUGAAGUACAAGAUGGCAAGAACCAGCCACAGCAACUAUGUCCUUCAGCAGCUAAACAACCAAAGAGAGUGGGGCUUUCUGUGCGACUGCUGUAUCGCUAUCGAUGAUAUUUAUUUUCAAGCACAUAAAGCAGUCCUUGCUGCAUGCAGCUCCUAUUUUAGGAUGUUUUUUAUGAACCAUCAACACACUACAGCACAGCUGAAUCUAAGCAACAUGAAGAUUAGUGCUGAAUGCUUUGAUCUUAUUUUACAGUUCAUGUAUUUAGGAAAAAUUAUGACAGCACCUGCCAAUUUUGAGCAAUUUAAAGUGGCCAUGAACAAUUUGCAGCUAUACAAUGUACCUGAAUGUCUAGAAGAUAUACAGGAUACAGACUCGUCUAGUUUAAAAUGUUCAUCUUCUGCUUCUAGCACCCAGAAUAGUAAAAUGAUAUUUGGCGUGAGAAUGUAUGAAGACACACUUGCUAGAAAUGUCAGCGAAGCAAACAGGUGGGGUGUGGAGCCGCCAAGCUCAACAGUAAAUACAUCCCAUAACAAAGAGCCUGAUGAAGAAGCUUUGCAGCUGAGCAGCUUCCCCGAACCACUGUUUGAUGUCUGCAAAAAAAGCACCACGUCCAAAUUCUCUCACACGAAGGAGCGCGUGUCCCACUCGCGCCGAUUCGGAAGAAGCUUCACCUGCGACAGCUGCGGGUUUAGUUUUAGCUGUGAAAAGCUGCUGGAUGAGCACGUGUUAACGUGCACUAACAGGCAUUCUUACCAAAGUGCCAGGUACUACAGUACUGAAAAAAUAGACUUUAGUGAGAAGGACUCUACUUCAAAAAUGAUCUCCACGCAAACAGAAAAAUACAAGGGGGACUCAAGUCAAGCUGUGGACAAUUCUUCAUCUCCUGUGUCAAACAUUACGAGCAGAAAAAGCAGCACGGUUGCCUCCGAGGCAUCAGGUGAAGAAGGAGGUAGAGCCUCUGAGAGGAAGAGGAUUAUCAUCAAGGUGGAACCAGAGGACAGUCCUGCAGACGAGCUGAAGGAUUUUAAUAUUAUUAAGGUGGCAGAUAAAGACUGCAAUGAGUCUUCUGACAACGAUGACCUGGAUGAUGAACAGGAAGAGCCACUUUACAGAUACUACGUCGAGGAGGAGAUCAGAGAGAAGAGAAAUGCUCGGAAGACUUUAAAACCCCGUUUAUCCAUGGAUGAAGAUGAAAGAAAGUGUUUGAAAAGUCCACGGCACCUUAGCAGGAAGGCUCCUUCGGUGCAGGAAGAGGCAGAAAAUGCUCCCUGUGAACUUUGUGGGCUAACAAUCACUGAGGAAGACUUGUCCUCUCAUUAUUUAUCCAAACACAUAGAAAAUAUAUGUGCUUGUGGCAAGUGUGGUCAAAUACUGGUCAAAGGCAAGCAGUUACAGGACCAUGCACAGACCUGUGGAGAACCCCAGGAUCUGACCAUGAACGGUAUCAGAAAUUCCGAGGAGAAAAUGGACUUAGAAGAAAACCCUGAGGAACAGUCAGAAAUCAGGGACAUGAUGUUUGCAGAGAUGCUAGAGGACUUCAGGGACGGUCAUUUCCAAAUGAACAGCCUUCAAAAAAAACAGUUAUACAAGCAUUCUGCCUGCCCUUUCCGAUGCCCUAACUGUGGCCAGCGUUUCGAAACUGAAAACCUAGUGGUAGAACAUAUGUCAAGCUGCCUGGAGCAAGAUCUGUUCAAGAACUCCAUGAUGGAAGAGAACGAGAGGGAUCACAGACGUAAGCAUUUCUGCAAUCUUUGUGGGAAAGGAUUUUAUCAGCGUUGCCACUUGAGGGAACACUAUACUGUUCAUACCAAGGAAAAACAGUUUGUUUGUCAGACAUGUGGGAAGCAGUUCUUAAGAGAGCGCCAGUUGCGGCUCCACAAUGAUAUGCACAAAGGCAUGGCCAGUAGUGAAAUAGGGACUUCUAAGCUUCUGAACAACUGAGAGAACCAGGUUUGGAGAAGACAUGAGGAAGAACUGGUCGGCAAAAGAUUUCAUAAAAACUCAGAACCACGUGUGCCAGAUGUGAAUUGGCACCACCUUUGCUCUUUUGACACUGCAGCAGUCGCAAAAGGCACCAAAGCAGUCAAAUUAGAACACGCAGUAAAAGUCGCUUUGGACUCUGUAUUAUAAAACUUACUUCCUUGUAACUUUUCUUUACACCAUAUAAAACCAAGUUCAAAGUAUCCUUUCAUGGAGCAGACAUCCAGAAAAGGCAGAUGCCAGGUGUUCAGGGCUGCACUGAAAUGAGUUUGCAGAAUUUGCUAUUCACAUGUCGGAGUGCUCCUUUGCUGAAAUGAAGCUUCUUAGAGAUUCUGUCAAAAACUGUUUAGAUUUUUUUAGUUCAAAAAUCAGAAGUAUAUACUUGUGAAGUAAAACAUGUAUUUUCAGACAUUUACAAUGCUGAACUAUCAAGUGCUAAAAAAAGAGGAAAAAAAAAAAAAAAAAAAAGAAGUACGAGGUGAAAGAAAAACUUAAAAACUGAGGAGGGUUCCUGAGGAAGGACAGGAUGGUGAGAAAGAUCAAGCUGAUGUGAUUCCCAAUGCUGCCAUGAUCAUCAUUUGCAAGCUGAAGAGGACUUUCCAUGGAGCACAGUGCUUGUAUGUGGCAAGUAAAGAAUUGGUGCUCUGGUCUUAUUUCAAGAAUGGUUAAAAUUUUUUACCAAGAAGGAGAUGAAUAACUGUAAAUAAUCUUCAUGGGCACAGGGUGCACCUUGUUCUGGAUCUAAGCCAUGCAAAAGCUGGCUUGGAUUGGAGAACUGGGCAUUCAUGUUCAGAUUUGAGCAUUUUAGGUAUUCAGUUUCCAUCUUAAUUACUGGUGGGGAAAAAAAUAACGAAACCAAACUAUCCUGCUUUGGGUCAGGAUGAAACUAAUCUUCUUUCUUGUAAACUUACUUUGAGCUAAGUCAGUAUAUGUUUCAAAUUAGGGCCAGCAUGGUUUUUAAAAAAAAAUUAUUUUUCUUCCCCAGACAACAGUGGAUCAGAUGGAGAUGUAUAAACAGACUAAACAUGCUGAUCUGUAUUCUGUAGUUAUGCAUCUUACUAAUUCUACUCAUAUAGCCAUAAGAAGAUGUUUCAUUGUUCAGUAUAACUGUUAUCUCAAGAAGAGUCUGUCUAUAAUUUUAUUUAUAAUUGGCAUUUUCAUUACUGUUGUUAUAAAGCGUGUAAAAUAU